AUGGAGACCAGGGCGUCCUUUGAGCUUCGUCGAAUGUUAGGCAGCGGAGAGAUCAUUGAGAAACUUGAAAUGUCGUGGGAUGAGCUGGUCUAUCACGGAGAUGAGCCAUUCGAUCUAUACUUCCCCCCAAAUGACGUACUGUUCAACAGCAUUUUCGGUUGGUUCCGGACCAGUGUCCGGUCGGCCAUCCAGAUUACGCGGCAGCUCUCACCAACCUCGCGUCUGCCCCGUCUUGAUGGCUACAUACAAAAUGAUCUUCAUGACAUCGAUACUACCACUUCCCUCCUCCGCAACGCCCUUGCAUUGCGCCCACAGCGCCAUUCCGAUCAUCCCUCAUCUCUACAUAAUCUUGCCCUAGCGCUGACCGCCCAACUAUGUCAUGAGCUACUCCCUCUCUGCAAAGGGUGCCCACCUUUGUACGAAGACCUGCAAGCGGCAGCGCGCCAGGGCCCGGCCAUCAUCCUCAAUGCUAGUAAAUACUCGUGCAGCGCCAUCAUCGUCCCGACGUCAGGAGACCCCCCAUCAUGUUCCCUUGCCGUCUGUUACUUUUGCAGAUCUGGCCGAUCUCAAGGACCGAUGGAGCAGGCCGAGGGGCUCGCAGCCCAAAGACAGGGAAACCAAGCUGGAAUGAGGGCCGACUGGGGCCUUGGUGCGCGACUCUUGCCCUUGGGACCCCCAGUCCACCGUUUCGCCAGGGCAAUACAAAAAGUAUCUCGGAUGACCCCAAUGGAGUCGAGGACAGAUUUAAUAGUGCUCUCGUGGAUAAUAUGGCACGAGAUCAUGCUGCCUAUCGUCAACGUACUCGAGCACGUCCUCAAACUAAAGCGCCGUUCUCGAAUCUGGCUGUGUCCUACUGCAGCUUUUACCUCCAUUCCUCUCCAUGCCGCUCAUCCCUUUCAAACAAAGGCAGACCGUUCUGUGAAGGAAUCUAGACAGUCGAUGAAGAAGCGUGUGCCUCCAUCCUUCGUAGUAAUCGGACAGGGUCAACCGGGUGCAGGAACAGGCAAGGCGCUUUUGGCUGUCGACAGCGAGCUCGAGCUUGUCCAUAAGCUCGUCCCGGCGACUGCCAACCGCACCAUUAUUUCUGGCGACACAGCCAUACGAGCAGGUGCACUCGAAGCUUUGCAGCAAAAUACCUGGGUGCACCUAGUUUGUCAUGGCAAGCAGGAUCCUACGCAGCCUUAUAAUUCGCAUUUCAGAGAGAUUCCGCGCGCCGAGUUCGCGUUCUUAUCAGCGUGUCAUACCGCCAUCGGUGAUGAGAAAACGCCCGACGAAGUGAUCCAUCUCGCAGCUGGUCUCCAGUUUUCAGGAUUUAAGAGCGUCAUUGGCACGCUGUGGGAGGUGGACGAUGCUGUUGCAAAACACGUCGUCGAAGCUUUCUACACGUAUAUGUUUAGAGACUUGGAGGAUGUUGGUGUCAUGGACUGUACGAGGGCGGCCUGGGCACUCAACUGUGCUACACAUGUGGUGAAGACGAAAGUGUCACUCGAGCAAAAAAUGGGUUUCAUUCAUAUUGGUGUGUAG